AUGAAAACUACAAUAUUUUGUCUACAUUAUUUCUUUAUUUUCGUAAGAAAAGUUCUCUUUGUCAUCUUCUUUCCUCUUUUUCCCUUUCCCUUUUCCUUCUUUUUUCCUUCUCCUGUUUUCUUCCGCAUUUUCACUUUCCCUUUUCCUUCUUUUUUCCUUCUCCUGUUUUCUUCCGCAUUUUUCCUUUCCCUUUUCCUUCUUUUUUCCUUCUCCUGUUUUCUUCCGCAUUUUCCCUUUCCCUUUUCCUCCUUUUUUCGUUCUCUUGUUUUCUUCCGCAUUUUUCCUUUCUCCUUUUUCCUUUACAUUUUUUCCAUUCAACUUUCUCCCUCAGCAUUUUUUAUUCACCAUUUUUCUUUCAACAUAUUUCCUCUUCCUUUUUCCUUCCACUUUUUCUUUAAUCUUUUUCCUUCCCCUUUUUUUCUACCGUGUUUUUCUUACCCCUUUUUUCUUUUCACAUUUUUCCUUCUACUUUUCCUUCCGCGUUUUUCUUCCAUGUUUUUCUUUCCCCUUUUUUACUUCACCUUUCUCAUUCCACGUUUUUUCUUCGCCUUUUUUUUCUUUCGCCUUUUUUUACUUACACUUUUUCAUUCCCUGUUUUCCUUCCAAUUUUUGCUUCCCCUUUUGUCCUUCUCCUUUUUUUCCUUUCCCGUUUUUCCUUCGAACAUUUUCUUUCCCCCAUUUUCCUUUAUCAUUUUUCCUACCCCUUUUUCCGUCCACUUAUUCCUUCCGCCUUUUUCCUUCCCCAUUUUUCCUUCCAAUUUUUGCUUUGCUUUUUUUCCUUCCAAUUUUUCCCUUUUUUCUUUCUGCAUUUUUCCUUCCCCUUUUUACUUUCACGUAUUUCCUUCCAAUUUUUUACUUCCGCCUUAUUCCUUCUCCUUUUUCCAUCUCGUUUUUUUUCCCAUUUUUCUUCCCCUUUUUCUCCUUUCCAAUUUUUCCUUCCCCCUUUGCCUUCCACUUUUUUCUUCCGCGCUUUUCUUUCCACUUUUUUUGGUUCCUAUUUUGUUUUCCACUUUUCCUUCCCCUUUUUCCUCCUCUUUUCCUUCUCCUUUUUUCCCUUUUUUCCCCAUUUUCUUUUCUCUUUUUCUUUUCCUGUUUUCCUUCCCCUUUUUCCUUCCCUUCUUUCCGUCCGCUUUUUUUCUACCCAUUUUUACUUUCACCGUUUUUCCAUCUACUUUUUCCUUCCGCGUUCUUCCAUCCUCUUUUCCAUUCUCCUUUUCUCCUGACCCUUUUCCUUUCCUGUUUUUCAUACACCUUUUUCUUUCCCCAUCUUUCCUUCCUCUUAUUCUUCCCGCCUUUUUCCGUGACCAUUUUUCCUUCGAAUUUUUCCUUCCCCUAUUUUAUCCCCCCUUUUCUUUCUGCGUUUUUCCUUCCGUGUUUCUCCUUCCUCAUUUUCCUUCCCCUUUUUCUUCCCUUUUCCCUUCCGCUUUUUACCUACUACUUUUUAUUUCACCUUUUUUCUUUCCCCGUUUUUCCUUCCGGUUUUUCCAUCCUUUUUUCUCCUUCCCUUUUUCCUUCACUAUUUGCCUUUUCCGUUUUUCUUUCCUUUUUUCCUUCCUCGUUUUUUCUUUCCCGAUUCUCUGCCCCUAUUUUCCUUCGCGAUUUCUCCUUCCCUUUUUAACUUUUCCUAUUUUUCCUUUCCUGUUUUUCUUUCCCGUUUUUUAUUCCCCAUUUUUCCUUGUCCUUUUUUCCUUGUCCUUUUUACUUUGCUCUUUUUCCUUCCGUGUUUUCCUUCCCUUUUUCCUUCCUUAUUUUCCUUUCCUUUUUCCCUUCCCUUUUUUCCGAACAAAUUUUUCUUUCCUUGUUUUUUCUUCUCUUUUCUUCUUCCCUAUUUUCCAUCACAUUUUUUCUUUCGCAUUUUCCUUCCUUUUUCUGUUGAUCUUAUUUAUUCUUUUUGUAUAUUUCUUUUCUAGUUUCCUUUGUGUUUUUCGUUCUCGUCUUCUGCUUAUUCUAUUCAUUCUUUUUCUCGUUAUCCAUACCUUUACUCUUACUUUUCUAAUUCUUUUUCAUUUCCUUCUCUUCUUUUUUCCUUCUCUUUCUUUUUUUCUUCCGCUCUUUUUUCUUCUUCUUCAAACUAUUUUCUUUUUCCAUUUCUUUCUUAGUUUUUUCUUUUUCCAUUCUCCCUCUUCUUCAAAUUAUAUUUCUUACUUUCCGAAUUUAAUUCUUUUCUUCUUUCCUUACCUUCUUCACCUAGUACUCCCUUUCCUUCGUAUUAUCCUUAUUUUUACUCAUUCUUUCCUACAUUUUUCUUCUUACCGCUUUUUUCUUCUCUUAUUCUGCUCACUUCUUCUCAUUCAACCUCUUCUUCACAUUAUUCUUUUUUACACUUUCUUUCCUAGUUUUCAUAUUAUUAUUUUCCCUCUUUCUUCUCCUUCCACUCAUUCUCCUAUUUUUCGUAUUUUUCUUUUUAUUCUUUCUUCCCUACUUUUUUUUUUUUUUCGAUUUUUUCUUCUCUCCUUCAGUUCCUCCUUCUCAUUUUUACUCUUCUUCUCAUUAUCUUUCUUUUUACGUUUUUCUUCUUCCCGCUUUUUUCUUUCUUCUUCUUCUUCUUCUUCUUCUUCUUCUUCUUCUUCUUCUUCUUAUUUAACGUCUUAUUAUUACCCUUCUUUUUAUAAUUUUUCCUACUUUUCUUCUUCUUCCCUUCACUCCUUCUUAUCCUUCUAUACAUUCUUCUUUUUCCUCAUGUUAUCUUUCUUUUUUACCCUUUCUUCCCAAUUUUCUUCUUUUUUAAUCCUCCUACUUUUCUUUAUCUUCCUUCCAAUUCUUUCCUUCUAUUCUCUGCUCCUUCUUCUUAUUCGACCUCUUCUUCUUCUUCUCCUUCUUUUUACACUAUUUAUUCUUUUUAUAUUUCUUCAUCAUUCCGCUUUUUUCCUUGUCUUCUUCUGUUCCUUCUUCUCAUUCAAACACUUCUUCAUAUUAUCCCUUUUUUACUGUUUAUUUGAAUCGACAAGCCUAUUUUAUAAACUACCAUAUUUCCGUCGGUACAACUAUUUAAAACUGACUUCUGUUUAA